AUGGAGUCGCAGCAUUCUUCUCUUGCUGUGAGUGCCAUCAAUGUUAUUGGCGUGUUGGGGGAGGAGCUGCAGGACAAGUCCCUCAUGAACGAUUCUUUCGUGACGAUCGCCAUAAAGGUGAGGUCAUUUUUUGAGCAUGAGGAUUCGAACCUCCGGUGCGCGGCGUUCGACUGUUUCCGGAAACUCUACUCCCUGGCAAACCGCGAUUUGUAG